CAGGGGAGAGGUCUUUUCUGUGGGAAAAAAAACUGCUGCUCGUAUCGAAGAGGUAGCGGUUUUGAAGAAACGACCAAACGAAACCACCUCUCCCUCCCCCCCACCCCCCGAACACCGGUUUCGUCUUUAAAUUGGCUCUGGUUCGAGGACGGAUGAACUCCUCAGGCCCUGGGCUUCCCGUAAUAGACUUGGCAGGGCUGGCCGUAUACUAUACCGCUUAUGGAGUUAGAAAUAAACUAUGAGAAGAGGAAGGAACGGAACUUGAUGAGUUUUUAGUAGUCGAGUGGGGUGAGGAGGUGGAAAGGUGCGAUUUUUAUGGUUUUUUGGUCCGUUAAUUAUGUACGAAGAGGUGGAAGGAAGUGGAAAGGUGAGAUUUUUAUAGGUCUUUCGAAGUAAAGUUUGGAUUUUCGGGAUUUAGGUGCUGAUGUUUUGGGUUUUGUUGUGUUUCUUUUAGAUUUUAGUGUCCAACUUAGUUUAGUCGGAUUGUUGGUUUUGUUGGGUCGGUGUUGAUCGUAGAGAGUGAGAGGGUUACCGCAGAGCGAAACAAAGGAGAAGUGCAAAGGAUUUUAUUUGCUCUUAAAUUUUGUUUUCAUGGGUUGUUGUGAAAGAUGAUCGUUUAUAUUGGUGUUAACAAACUGUUUCCAAAGAAUCUGUCUUGUUUGGUGAUCUUUAUUGUUUUCUGGAAAGGGUUGGUUUUGGUUUAGUUUUGUUUUUGGGUGCGGUAGAUAGAAAUAGUCAAGUUCCUUGGUGAUUUUAUAUUUGAUUUCUGGCUUUGUUUAAGAGUUUGUAGCAGUUGGAUAUUCUUUUGAUUUGAAGUUUAGAAACUUCUUGCUGGACUGGAAUAGCAGGUGGAUUGGUGUAGAUUUUUUUGUUUUUCUUUUUCCAGUUACCGUUUUGCUUCUGUUCUUCUGGUAUAAGAGCUUAAAGAUCCAAUUUUCUCUGUUCUAAAGCUCGGUAGCAUAUGGUCUGAGGAGUUUUUAUAAAAGAAACCCAUAGAGGGGGAAACAGAAAAAGGAAUAAAAAGGAGACCUUUGGGUCUUUUCUGCUAUCCUGGAUAUUGGUUACCAUUUUUUUGGUUGCAGAGCGAUAUGGUUGCUUACCUUUGAUGAAUCACUGAGGAGGAUUCCCCAACCAGCCUAGUUCUCUGUCUAUGUUUCUGAGAUUAAAGCUGCAAGACAUUACCCUGAGGAGGAGGUCUAGAGCAUUUAGCAACAACCAAGGCCUCAUGUCGGAUGACACUUGCUUGCCAUCUCCCACUGCCAACAAUAGAAGGCCCACAUUUUCCUCUCUCUUCGCCUCUCCAAGGCUCUUUUCAGGCUUUUCUCCAAAGGGUGCCUCAGACGGUGAGGCUGUCAUGAGCCCAACCUCCAUUCUAGAAACCAAACCGUCCUCUACCAUUGGGAACCCCUUCUUCACUGACAGGAACCAAAGAAGGCCUAUCAAAAAUGCCAUUGCUACGACUACUGCGGACGAGGACAGACAUCACCCUUGGGACAGUGGAGACUCAAAAGCCAUUGGACUUGGCCUUGUUGAUGCUCUCAACAAUGAGAAAGUUGAUACUCAGACCUCCAAGCCAGAGAGUAGGAUGGUGAUGUUUGGCUCGCAGCUUAAAAUUCAGAUUCCCCUUGUUCGAUCCAGCUCCAUAUCUCCAUCUGGUUCCAUUGAGUCUCCUCACUCACCAAUAGAAUUUGGUGUCAAGACUAAGAAUUCUCAGUUGGCUUUAUACUCUCCUGCCCGAAGAUCUCCGAUGGGCUCGGCCAACAUGGAAGCUGAUGUGCUAACUUCUUCUCCUCGCCUUGUUACCGUGCGCCUCUCCCCGAGUGAGAUGGAGCUCUCAGAGGACUAUACUUGUGUGAUUUCUCGUGGUCCAAACCCAAGGACCACUCACAUCUUUGACAAUUGCAUAGUGGAGAGCUGUGGUGAUGGAUUCGUUGCUUUGAGGAAGGAGGGCAGUUCCUUGGCUGACCAUUCGGGCUAUACUUCAGAUGAUUUCUUGAGCUACUGCUAUGCUUGCAGGAAGAAUCUGGGGCAGGGGAAAGACAUUUUCAUGUAUAGAGGUGAAAAAGCAUUCUGCAGCCGUGAGUGCCGUUACCAGGAGAUGCUGUUUGAUGAAGAGAUGGAGAAGUGCUCGUCGGACCUCUCAGAUUCUCUCUAGAAGGUAACUUUUUCCAGCACGCUGUCUUCUGUUUAAUGGCUGAAAGAGAUCCUUAAGCAGCCGCAAUGAGUGUUCUUGUUUCUUAUUGUAAAUUUGUUUGGGUCAUGGGGUUUAAAGACUAUGAAAAAUUACCUUGUUAUAUAUUUUUUUGUGGGUGUUUUUUCCUCUCUUUAGUAGCUUCUUUUCUUUUUGAGGCUGGUGCUGAGUUAUUAUAGAGAUGUUCCACUGGUUGCUGCUGGGUUUCCCACAGUUUUUGGCUAAGUAAUGUAUGACUUCCAGCUUUAUAUUUUUAAUUAUGGAUUCUAUAUGUUACAAUGGGCAAGGUCAUGUGAUCCCUGACCUUGACCAUGCAAUAGUGUUAGCACCCACCACCAUCACCUUUUCUUAUCAUCUGCCUCCGUUGGCCAUGUGUUGGUAGUAGAAUGAGUUUAGCAGUAUCCAUGGAGUAGGAUGGGAAUCAUGCACUACUACACCAUAAUCAUCUUAAGUAUGUCCAAUUAUAUAUGUGAAAUACCACGCAUUAUUGCAUACAGUAUUAAAUAAUCCAUUAUGUCAUCAUCAGUGGCUUGGUCCCAUUGGAUUGUCUUAUUACAACAAGCAAAUUAAGGGAACAUCUUUCUAUACAUCUCCUUAUAGUAUGGAGUGUAGUUUUCAUUUAAUUAAACAACUAAUCUGAUAGUUUAUUGAGGCAUUAGAUUAAGCAUCUUUUGUAUGAUACAGACCAAGUACAAUUUAUGCAUGCGGUAUAUGUUUAGCUACAGAAUAGAUGACAUAACAUGCUGAUGUUUAAAUCUGUAAGAGACAUCUUUAUCUAGGCACUCAUUAUAAAGCUAAUGUAUGCAAGUGUCUCAUAACCAAGAUAAUGGGCAAUUUUCUCCUUUUUUUUUUUUGAGUUUAAAAUGGAAUUAUUGAUAGACUUGUAAUAGAGAAGAAGGCAUGUUUUAUCCCUUCUUUUAGAUGAAUGGCUCUGAGUUUGAGUAAUGUGGUGCAGAAAACUUGAUAAAUUUGAUACUAAAUAGGUUUAGGAGAUUUUGCACUAUACAUAAAAUAAAUUUGAUGCUAAAGAUGCUCUCUGCUUGAUAUCAAGUGGUUUGUUCAGGCAAUAUGAUGACCAUGUAUGUUAUAAACUAAUCUAAUAGAUUAUGUGCCGUUUAAUAUCUGUCUGCAUCAUAGAAUCAAUGAGGUAAUCAUCCAAUAUGUUAAGUACAUGAGGCAUCUUAUCUAUGCUGAGCAUGAAUUUAAUCAGCUUAGGCAUCUUAUGACCCCUAGUUGAUUGCUUUUUAAAAUGGCUGUAUACCAAUAUCAUGGUAUACUCCGGUUCAUCCAACUACAUGAGAUGCCAGUUUUUUGUUCCUCCUCUCUUCCCUCCCAGAAAGGGGCCGGAUCCCAACAUCAGACGCACCUUCAGUUAACCUCUCUUUGUUUUUUUUCUUCUUCUUUUUUUGUUUUUGUAAAAAUCCUGAUGCUAUGAAAGAGAGCUUAUAUGACUACUGACCUUUUCCUUAGAAGCCUUUCAACUAGAGAAAGGCUCCUUUUGUAGCAGGGUUGCUGCUUAGGUUGGUUGGAUUAGUUUAAGGGCCAACCCAAGCUUCACUACAUACAAUAUUGAGCUAUGUAAACUUUAGAAUUUCAGACUGGCCUUGCAUAGGGACGUGUGUUCUGGCUGCCUGAUUCGAGCUCUAAUUGAUAGCAACCUGCACGUAAGUCCUGCAGGAGUUAGACAGGUUGAGAGAUGGUAUCCUCUCUUUAUAAUCUGUGGAUGAGACCUUUUUAUUUUGUGAGCUGGUGGUAUGACAGUUGCAUGCCUCACAUUCAUUACUUUACAUUGUUAAUGCCUUUCAGGCUUGAAGGUUAAUUAGGCUGUAAGUGCUUGGUUUUCCAGCUCUGGUUCCCUCUGGAGAAGAUGAAUAAAAUCCAGAGUGCAUGACA